CGGGCGAGCGGCCCACUCCUCCCUCCUCCUAGGCGGCCGCCUCCUCCCCUCGUCCUCCCGCCCCCACUGCGUGUGCGGCGGAGGCUCCAGGGCUUGCGCUGCCUCUUUCUCCCGCUCGCUGGGCUCCGGUUCCCACUUUUCCCUGGCUGCCGCGCUCCCGGGACCCGAGCAGUCUCCGUGCUUAGCCUCGGCGGCCCACGGUGCUCCAAGACCCUCUCCAAAGCAGCCCCGGGGCAGAGAGUGGAACGUCCCGGUCCCUUCCCCCGCUUGGGUCAGCUUCUGCCCGGCUCGCAGUACCUUCUGGCUCCCGCACAGUCGGCUUGGGAGGACCGGGUGAGAAGGUGAAGUGGAAAGGACCGACAGGGCACGGGGCCAGGCGCACAGCUCACGUUGCCUUUUCAUUGAGCAAAGCCCAAGAUCAUUUUUUUUUUUAAGCUCUGCAACCCCCCUUCCCCUUCUUCCAUUUUCUUUGCGCGUUUUAAAGGAAACUUAUUUUGGGGUGGUUUGCGCUGGGGUAGCUGCUUCGCCCAGUAGUUGUGAAGUGCACUCGACUCGUGAUGGUGUUCCUGUCACUUUGGUUGAUAGCAGCCUCUCUGGUAGAGGUUAGGACGUCAGCUGAUGGACAAGCUGGGACUGAAGAAAUGGUGCAAAUAGAUUUACCAAUAAAGAGAUAUAGAGAAUAUGAGCUGGUGACACCAGUUAGCACAAACCUAAAAGGACACUAUCUUUCCCAUAUUCUUUCUGCAAAUCACAAAAAGAGGUCACCUAGGGAUGUGUCGUCUAACUCAGAGCAAUUGUUCUUCAACGUCACUGCAUUUGGAAGAGAUUUUCAUCUUCGACUAAAGCCCAACACUCGCUUCCUAGCUCCUGGGGCUGUUGUGGAAUGGCAUGAGACAGCUCUGGUGCCUGGGAAUACAACUGACCCCGGAAAGAGCCAUCAACACGGAAAUGCUUCGGAAAGAAUCUGGAGAUCAGAGCCUCUGCAGACUAGCUGUGCUUAUGUUGGUGACAUCAUGGACAUUCCAGGAACCUCUGUUGCCAUUAGCAACUGUGAUGGUCUGGCUGGAAUGAUAAAAAGUGAUAACGAAGAGUAUUUCAUUGAACCCUUGGAAAGGGGCAAGCAGAUGGAGGAAGAAAAAGGAAGAAUUCACGUGGUCUACAAGAGAUCUGCAGUGGAGCAGCCUUCUAGAGAUGUGUCUGAAGACUUCUACUACAGGGAGUCGAAUCGGGAAGGCCUUGAUGAUCUAGGCACAGUUUACAGCCACCUUGGCCAGCAGCUGAAUGAGACAAUGAGGCGCCGCAGACACUCGGGAGAGAACGAUUACAACAUCGAGGUGCUUCUGGGAGUGGAUGACUCUGUGGUCCGUUUCCAUGGCAAAGAGCAUGUCCAAAACUACCUCCUCACCCUGAUGAACAUUGUAAAUGAAAUAUACCACGAUGAGUCCCUUGGAGUGCAUAUAAAUGUGGUCCUUGUCCGAAUGAUUAUGCUUGGUUAUGCAAAGUCUAUCAGCCUCAUAGAAAGGGGGAACCCGUCCAGGAGCCUGGAGAAUGUGUGCCGCUGGGCUUGCCAACAACAAAAACCUGAUCCCAACCAUGCUGAACACCACGAUCAUGCCAUUUUCUUAACCAGGCAAGACUUUGGGCCUGCUGGAAUGCAAGGAUAUGCUCCAGUCACAGGCAUGUGCCACCCAGUGAGAAGCUGCACUCUGAAUCAUGAAGAUGGGUUUUCCUCUGCUUUCGUAGUAGCCCACGAAACUGGCCAUGUGUUGGGAAUGGAGCAUGACGGACAAGGCAACAGGUGUGGGGAUGAGACGGCCAUGGGCAGCGUCAUGGCGCCCCUGGUGCAAGCUGCCUUCCAUCGCUACCACUGGUCCAGAUGCAGUGGCCAGGAGUUGAAGAGAUACAUCCAUUCCUACGACUGUCUCCUUGAUGACCCCUUUGAACAUGACUGGCCCAAACUCCCAGAACUUCCUGGAAUAAAUUAUUCCAUGGAUGAGCAAUGCCGUUUCGAUUUUGGUGUUGGUUACAAAAUGUGCACUGCGUUCCGGACCUUCGACCCCUGCAAACAGCUGUGGUGCAGCCAUCCCGACAACCCCUACUUCUGUAAGACAAAGAAGGGGCCCCCACUCGACGGAACCGAGUGUGCUGCUGGGAAGUGGUGCUAUAAGGGGCACUGCAUGUGGAAGAAUGCCAAUCAACAAAAGCAAGAUGGCAACUGGGGGUCGUGGACCAAGUUUGGCUCCUGCUCCAGGACGUGUGGAACUGGUGUACGGUUUAGAACACGCCAGUGCAAUAACCCCACGCCCAUCAAUGGCGGUCAGGAUUGCCCUGGGGUUAAUUUUGAGUACCAGCUUUGUAAUACAGAAGAAUGCCAAAAGCACUUUGAGGACUUCAGGGCCCAGCAGUGCCAGCAGCGAAACUCUCACUUUGAAUACCAGAAUACCAAACACCACUGGCUGCCGCAUGAACAUCCUGACUCCAAGAAAAGAUGCCACCUUUACUGCCUGUCCAGAGAGACUGGGGAUGUUGCUUACAUGAAGCAGCUGGUACAUGACGGAACGCGCUGCUCCUACAAAGAUCCGUACAGCAUCUGCGUGCGUGGAGAGUGUGUGAAAGUGGGCUGCGAUAAAGAAAUUGGUUCCAACAAGGUUGAGGAUAAGUGUGGGGUCUGUGGAGGAGACAAUUCCCACUGUCGAACUGUGAAGGGAACAUUUACCAGAACACCCAGGAAACUUGGGAAGACAAGAGGCGCGUUCGUUUUACCCAAAGGAGCUCGUAAUAUUUCUCUUGCUGAAACAAGAGAAGCUAAAAAUGUACUGGCUAUUAAGAACCAAGCCACAGGUCACUACAUUUUAAAUGGCAAAGGGGAGGAAGCCAAGUCGCGGACCUUCAUAGAUCUUGGUGUAGAGUGGGAUUACAACAUUGAAGAUGACAUUGAAACUCUCCACACAGAUGGGCCCCUACAUGACCCCGUUAUUGUUCUGAUCAUCCCUCAGGAGAACGACACACGCUCUAGUCUGACGUAUAAGUACAUCAUCCAUGAAGAUUCUGUACCGACCAUCAACAGCAACAAUGUCAUCCAGGAGGAGCUGGAUACCUUUGAGUGGGCGCUGAAGAGCUGGUCACAGUGCUCUAAACCCUGUGGUGGAGGUUUCCAGUAUACAAAGUACGGAUGCCGAAGGAAAAGCGACAAUAAAAUGGUGCAUCGCAGCUUCUGUGAGGUCAAUAAGAAGCCCAAGCCCAUCCGACGGAUGUGCAACAUUCAGGAGUGCACACACCCACUCUGGGCAGCAGAGGAAUGGGAACACUGCAGCAAAAGCUGCGGCAGCUCAGGCUACCAGCUCCGCACUGUGCGCUGCCUGCAGCCACUCCACGAUGGUACCAACCGCUCUGUGCACAGCAAGUACUGCUUGGGGGAGCGUCCUGAGAACCGCCGGCCCUGUAACAGAGUCCCCUGCCCAGCCCAGUGGAAAACAGGGCCCUGGAAUGAGUGCUCAGUGACCUGCGGAGAAGGAACAGAGGUGAGACAGGUUCUCUGUAGGGCUGGAGACCACUGUGACGGUGAAAAGCCCGAGUCUGUCAGACCCUGCCAGCUGCCUCCAUGUAAUGAUGAGCCAUGUUUGGGCGACAAGUCCAUAUUCUGCCAAAUGGAGGUGCUAGCACGAUACUGCUCCAUACCAGGGUAUAACAAGUUAUGCUGUGAGUCAUGUAGCAAGCGCAGUGGUACCCUGCCGCCACCAUACCUUCAAGAAGCUGCUGAAAUCCACAGUGAUGCUAUCUUUGGUCCUAGUGACCUUCCGAGGUCUCUAGUGAUGCCUACACCCUUUCUCCCUUACGACUCAGGGACCCGUGCUGAGAAGAAAUCCUUGAGUAGCAUCUCUUCCUUGGCAAAUCCAAAUGCUGAUGCUGCAUUCAGAGCCAGCAGCCAACCUAGUGCUAACUUCCCCCAGAAGAAAACACAGCAGGCUGGAAGAAAGACCCUGGUCUCAGUACCACCCUCCUCAUCCAUGAAAACUGGUGGCUUCCAUUCUGCCUCAUCCGUGGCUGCUGCCCCCUCCCCUGCUAUCAGUGAUUCAAUAGGUGCUUCUACCCAGACAAGAACCCCAAAGAAAGAUGGAAAGAAUAUUAGCAAGAGACAUCCAGUCAGGUCAGCCACCUCAGAGAGCUGAGAAAGUGGACCUAUGGGGAUAGAGAUCAAAGGGAAACCUGAGCAGCCUCCCUCCUUGCAUGGUGCAUACAGCUUGUUUAAAUAAAAGCAGGACCCUUCACACAAGGUUUACUCUCGUCCUCAGCAAAUGGAAGGACAGGAAGUGCUGGCUCACUUUUUAGUUGCUUCCAUUCAUCUCCUGUUCCGUAUCCAGUUGUUUACCAAAAUCCAUUGGGGAAAACAAAAGCACCAAAGACUGUUUUCAGAAAGAAAGAGCCCAGCUACAGCGGCACCUGCCUAGAAUCCCAGCAUUUGGGAAACUGAGGCAGAAAGACAGCUGCCAGUUCUGGGCCAGCCUGGAACGCUUCUCUCAAACACAGAAAAGGGAUGGAACCUGGUUAAACGUGUUGGCUGUUCUCUAAGGAAGAAAAGAGCCCGCCGCCGAUUGUGCAUAUCAGCUGAUUUUUGUUUGUUUUUAAAAAGUCACAGUAAAAAAUCAUACAAACAGAUACCAAUGGUUUACGCAUCAAAAAAAAUUUGGAAACAAUUCUUAGACUUGCAUUCCUAUUUAUCUAUAUUAGAAAUACUGUAUGAGCAAAUUUGCAACUGUUGUGUAAAUACUGUACAUUGCAGAAAUCAGUAUUAUUUUAAAAAAGAUGUUCUCCAACGAUUGUUUACUAUCUUACAUUUCUGGAAGUUCUAGGGUGCCUGUCAUUGAGUAUUGCCUUAUGAGACAUUCCAUGAGUUGAUUUCAAAGCAGCAUAUUACGAAGAAGUUGGGAUCGCAGCUACUGACCAUAUCAAGAGGGCUGGCCAUGUGUUGUCUGUUGACACUGCUGGUGUACAGGUGCCUCACUACAUCUCCUGCCUUCCAUCCUUACCGCAGAAGGAGCAGGCCUGGCAUCUUCAUGUGUCUGUGCACACACCGUGCAGUGGAUGAGCUUAUAUAAGACAAACCCCAGCCUUCUUGCCAUCGUAUCAAAGGGCGUCCUUGCGACGGUGCGCACCUCGGCGAUGUCCUGUUCUUGUGCUAACGGUUGUACUUGAUAAUCACAAAGGUGUUUUCUCCCAGCUGAGAAAAGUGGCACCAGGCUAGAACUGACACUUGAGUACAUUAGUGCAUUGAAAGCAGGUUCAAGGAAGUUGUCUUUGUCAUGGUUGAGAUAUUUAUUUUCUGCAUGGUUCAUAGCUAAAUGUUCACAGCCAUGGUGCAUCUGACUGCAGUGCCAUGCUGGUAGUUCUGUCAGAGACCAACAUGCUCAACAAUACCGGAAAUGCUCCCUCCUGGGAGUGGAUGUACAAUAGUUGUAUAUAGGAUACAGAUCUGAAGAUAUUUAUUUUAAGAGUUGAUUUUUUUUCUUGAUAGUCUUUUUAUGUCUUUAAUAUUUACACUAAUAUCAAUGACAUUUUAGUAAACUAGAGAGACAUAAUUAGUGUGUGCUGCGUUCUAUGCAGAAAGGACAAUUUUAAACCAAGCACACAACCAACUCAAAAAACUAAAAUUGGACAGAUCCUUACGUAAUUGGCAGUACUUGAUUGAACCCAGGGCCUCAGAGAUGCUGAGCAAGCAUUCCAUCACUGUGCUGUAUCCCUAGCCCCUUUUGUAUUCUCCAUACAAUCUAAAUAUUCCUAAGUUACCUGGGCAGGCCUUGAACUUGUGACCCAGCUGCUACCACCGUUCAAGAAGCCAGGAUCACAGGCAUUUCUUGUGUUUGAUAUUUGCAUUUUUUAAAGGAGCUGAUACAGAGUUGAUCAUUUGUUCCUCUUCAAGGACACAUAAAACCAUCAGGAAUUCAGCUAGCUGUUUAAUGGACUAGUGCAUUAGAAACACGUUCCAAAACCAGGUGCACGCACACAUGUCAUCCCAGCAUUCAGAAGUUGAGGCAGGAGGCUUGCUGUGAGUGUGCAGCCAGCCUGGUCUAUGUAGCAAGAUCAUGUCUCAAACAAAACCUAUUUUAAAUAUAGGCACUUCCUAAAGUGUGCUUAAAGACAAAAGUGUUAGGAGCAUGCUUUUGAAGUCAUUUUCGAAACUUGUCUAGAGAUUCGCAGACUGAAGUUGAGAUGCAUUAUCCCUUGAAAGCACAGCCUGAGCAAGGCGCUUUGCAUUGUAGCCAUUAUAUAAACGAACAGCCUAAGCUAUGACUCAAUACCUCGAAAGAAUUGCUGCUACUCGGUGCAAGAAUUUUUAAUUGUCAAGUUAGGUGACUUCCUGAGCGUUAACAGUCCUUGAGCCUUAUAAAAGAUCUGUCUUUCUUGAAAACUUCACUAGCACAAAAUUCUCUCUAGUUUACUUGGGUGUACACACAUCCGGUCCACAGGGAAUCCGAAGACGGUCACACACAUACACCUCCCAUAAGAUGUACAUAUUCCUUCCACUUUUUACCUAUAUGCUUUCUUUUCUACUAAGCUGAAAGUUCCUUUUUAUCAAGGUGUACACUACUGAUGAUGUU